AUGUAUUGUUUUGAUACAAAACAGACCACAGCCAUCCAUCGCAGCAAUCGGGAACAAAGCAAAUGGUUUUACUUUAUCGAAAAACCAAACGAGAAGUUUCGUGAUCGGCUAUCGCACUAUUAAAGGCUGAACGGUUUGGUUACAUCAUCAAGAUGGGUAAAAUUUUCCUCGAACACAUCAACGGACAAAAGCUGUACAAUUGUGCUGCCUGCGAGACCAAUCUGACCAACAAGCGCGAGCUUAUCAGUACCAGAUUCACAGGAGCGACAGGUCGGGCGUAUCUGUUCAAACGGGUCGUCAACAUUACCUACUCCCAGGUGCAGGAUCGCAUCAUGCUCACCGGACGCCAUAUGGUGCGGGACGUGAUGUGCAAGAACUGUAAGGCCAAACUCGGUUGGAUGUACGAGUUUGCGACCGAAGAAACACAAAAAUACAAAGAAGGCCGUGUCAUCCUCGAACAUGCUCUGAUCACGGAAUCGGAAGGUUUCCCCGAUGCUUAACGUACACCAUAAUAUUACGUUGCCGAACCCAAACGGAACAUAUUGCAUUGUCGGAGGUCGACUUUGCUAAAAUCGGUUUAAUUCCCAUUUUUGGAACAUCUCAAAUAAAUAAUUAGGUAACGAAUCACGGUUUAAAAGCUAUUUUUUCAGAAGAUAAAUUUACAAAAUUAUUUGCUAAAUUCUAAGCAUCUAUAUUACCAUAUGUACUUUUUUUAUCUCAUAUCUUUUAGAAAACGCUUACUUUUAAUCAUUUAUCUAUCUAUUAAUAAAUUUGUGUUUUUACAUU